AUGGUUUUAAAGAAUUCUAAAUGGGAUAAGAAAGCAAAAUAUAAAUAUUUGAAGAAACAUAACAUACUUCCGACUAAUAAAAGUAAUGAUAAUGAUACUCCUUCAGCAAAAUGGAGUUCAAAGAAGAAAUCAAUUAAUAAUACUACAACAACUGGAAUAAUACUUGAUGAUUCUGAUGAUGAAUGGGAUUCUGAUAUAGAUAAUGCAUUAAUCAAUCAUUUUUACCCUCAAUUAUCUGAGAAUGAUGAAUUAACUAUUGAACAAAAGAAAAAGAUAAAACUGCAAAUAUUAGCCAAUCUAGAUAAAGAUGAUGCCGAUGAAGAAAUAGAUGGUAUAUAUCUUGGAUCAGAUGCCAAUAAAACAAAAGAAUUAAAACCUCCUAAUAACAAUAAUCAAGAUUCAAAAUUUGAUUUGGAACAAUUCAUUAAUAAUCUUGAUGUUAAACCACAAAAGAAUAAACGGAAACUACUACAUAAUAAAAUAUCAGAUAAUUUCUUAGAAGAAUAUGGAUUAUCAAGCUAUCAAGAAUUGAAUCGAAACGUUGAUGAUUAUAAUAGUAUAUAUGAAAAGAAACAAAAGGAAUUAGUUAAAAACAACAUUAAUAAUAUCCCAAUUGAGAAAUUAGAUGGAUUUGUUAUUGGUGAAUCAUCAAUAAUUGAUACAAUUACGGCUGAUAAAUCAAAAAGUACCAAGAAAUCAAAUAUUCAAAUAUUAACUAAUGAUGAAAAACAAAAAGAUAUUGAAAGACAAAAAUUGAUUGAACAAGAGAAUUUCUAUCGACAAAUCAAAAAUAAAUUUAAUGAUAAUACAAUGUCAAAACUGAAUAAACUGGGGAAAGUAUUAGAAAUUAAUAAUUUUGAUAAUACUGAUGUUGAUCAAUUGGCUCAUUUGAAUAAUAGAAUUUUACGAAAUGAUGAUAAUAAUAAAACUACAACUUUAGAUAAUGAUAUUGAUUUGCUAUUAGGUAUAUCGUCUGAUAGAGAUAAAAUUGGAUCAAAUAUACAACAAGAUGGUGAUUUUGAUACAUUUAUUAAUAAAUUAACUAUUAAUGACGAUAAAGAAGAAACAUCUAAACAUGAACAACAGUAUCCAUUGAAAUUGAAUUCUGACAACCUUAAUGCAAAGCAAAAUCGAAAUGAUGUUAAGGAUUUGGACUUUUUAGAUGAUUUGUUAGGUUAA